AUGCAAGAUUUUCUUUUGUUAACACGUUUAUUUUCUAUUCGUGUAAUUGAGUUUAAUCGUGAUUCAAAUAUUGAAGCUCUGCCAGCGAUUGUACCUGAUCAAAGUACUAUUAUAUCAGAUCCUGUAUUUAAUUAUGAAGAAAAAUUUGGAUAUUUUUAUUUUCAAAGAACUCAAAUGAUUUGUUCAUCUAAAAUGGAUAGUGAUAGUAAGUUACAGAGCCCCAACCAGGCCACUAGGCCUGCCUGCCUGCCUGGGCCUGCCUGCCUGUGACAGGCACAGGCCACAGUUUUUAGGCCUGGUCUGUGACAGGCAGGCCAGGCCGACCCCUUCACCAGGCCCGGCAGGCCGCUUAAAAAUGCCAGGCCGCCUGGCCUGUCUACUUUUUUCUUCGAUAUGAAAAAAUUAUCGCAUGAAUUGAAUUUAAUUCGAGAAAACAAAUUUAGUUGAGUAGUUUUGAAGGAUGACAUUUAAAUAUGACGAAUUAGAUAAAUGCUUGAAAAUAAAUAUUGAAGAUAGAUAUAAACAAUGAAAUCUAUUAUCAAUAUGAGAAGGUUCUCAGCACAAAAGAGAACCACAUUAGUCGAUGAAAACUUCUCAUGGAAAGACUUUGUUAAGCAAAGUUAUUAAACAAGAGUGUCGAAAGUGAUCGCUGGUAGAAUUCGCUCUGUUGCAACUCUUUACACUGUACUUAGAUCGUUUGAAAUAAUCAAUAAGUGUAUUAUGUCCAACUGUUGAUCAUAAUCAGAUCUAUUUAACUAUCAGUAUGUUAGCGGAUUAAACUAACUUUCAUAUUGUUUGAUAAGGAUUUUCAAGCGCUCCGAAAUGUUAAGUAAACAUCAGAGAAAAACUGAAUGAUCAGUAAAAACACCUGAGGAAAACAUUUCUCUAGGCAUGAUUUGAGUGCCUUUGACUGAUAUUUCGUAGAUUUCAAUCAGAAGUACAGUUUGGAUAGAAACUAAAAGCAUUCUGGGAACCAGCAUUUAACAUUAAGCAGACUAAUGAAAAUUUUAAAUCUUUUUAUUGACCUUCUAUCAUCGAAAAAAAAUACCUCAGUCCCUAUCAAGAUUAAGUCAAAAUGUGAAUCGCAUCGAAAAGUAGUUUCACUAAUGGAAAAGAAUUUCUAAGACUGCACAAUGACACUAGAACAAAAAGUAGCGUUUGCGUAAGCCAUAAAAAACACGCUUAACAAGAUUCAUUUUUUUGACUUAAUCCGGAGGAGACUGGGUGACUUUUCAAUGAUAAAAGGUCGAUAAAAAUAUUCAAAAUUGACAUAAGUCUACUCAAUGUUAAAUACUGAUUAAUAAAAUGAUGUUAGUUUUUACCCAAGUUGUACUUCUGAUUGAAAUCUACCAAAAACCAGUCAAGACCACUGAAAGUCAUAUCUGAAGAAGUAUCUUUUCGACGUUUUGUCAGUGCUGAGUGUUUUUUUUUCUUCGAUGUUUUCUUAUCAUUUCAGAGUGCUUAAAAAUCACUGUCAAACUGUUUGAAAACUAGCUUGAUCGAUCACUCUAACGAUAGUUAAAUAGACCUAAUUAUUAUCGACGGUGAGAUAUUGUAUGUUUAUGAACGAUUUCAAACCAUUUGAGUACAGUGUUAAUGCAUACAUUAGGGCUAAUUCUGCCAGUGACAACUUUCGAAAUCUUCGUGUCAUAGUUAUGCACAGAAAAAAAAGUAAAAUCUUACUAGGGAGUCUUUUUCCUCACAUGUCGAACCAUCUUUUCCACGUUUACCAUUACUUGCUCUGGGUCAGUUUCUAAACUCGAGUUAAUUUAGCUGAGGUUGAACGGUCUAGUUUUGUUUUAGAUUUAUUAGUCACUGCACGUGGCUUCUCUCUCGCUUAUAAUGCUAUGAGUGACAUUUGUCUGUCAGAUUUUGCGAAAAUAUUUUUGAAGAAAAAACAGGUUGUUUUUCUCAAUAUUAAUGUGUGUCUGUUUCUUUAUUUUCCUCAACACUUACAUUUUUCACUUCAUAUUAAAUGUAGAGUAAAGCUUUACACCAUCAACGUCUCCGCAAUGUGAACAUCUCAUUAUAGUGAAUAAUCUGGCUUCGCGCUGUGCAAUUUUUGUUCGAAGCCAAUCAUUUCAGAGUGAAAGCCUCCUGGUAAUGAAAUAUGAAUGUUUUUUUUCCUGACUUCAAACGAAUAGAAAGAAGUUUCCUGUGGUCAACUUUAUUUUGUUCUACUCUUUUUUCCUAUAUUCUCUGCUGCACAGAUAAGAGAGAAUCACCUAUGUAUAGUGAACAUUUUAAAAUAUUUUCUUGAACGUUCACAUCAGAAAAUUUUUACUUGUGUCAUCUAAACUGAUUCCAUUGACUUGUUGG